ACCUUCAAAUUCCCAGGUAAAAACCCAUCUUUACCCUUGUCUUUUUCGGGGUUUUACGGGCAUGGGUACAUCAGAAAGACCAAAGAAAAAAGUUCAACUAUGGAAAAAAGCUACAGUCCAUUUUGUGUUAUGUUUCAUCAUGGGGUUCUUUACUGGCUUUGCACCAACAAACAAGUCUUCUUUUGCUACUACUACUAAUCAAGUUAUUUCAUCAAAUGUUUCGCCAGAGAUUUCCCCGCCUCAGAGGAGGGAAAUCUCUGACCAACGUUUGGAGCACAAAAAUUUUGAUAGAAACAUGUUAGAUGAAUCUUUAUCAAUAAAAACACAACAAAGGGUCGAUAUUGACCCAAUAGUAGAAGAAAAGAGCGAAAUUAGUGAAAAUGUCCAUUUGACGCCUAAUAGGCUUGUGAUUAUUGUUACUCCAACGAGCGAUAAAGAUGAGCUAAGAGGAGUACUUUUGAGAAAAAUGGCGAAUACUCUGGCAUUAGUACCUCCUCCACUUUUAUGGGUCGUUGUGGAAUCACAAACCGAGUCAACAGAAGUAUCUGAUAUUUUGCGUAAAACUAAUGUUAUGUAUAGGCAUUUGGUGUUCAAGGAGAAUUUUACGGAUGUGGAAGUUGAAAUGGACCAUCAAAGAAACGUCGCACUUAAGCAUAUUGAGUAUCAUAGGUUAAGUGGUAUCGUUCACUUUGCCUCGUUGUAUAAUGUUUAUGAUCUAAGCUUCUUCGACGAGAUCAGGGCCAUCGAGGUGUUUGGUACAUGGCCGAUGGCAUUUUUAUCAGCAAAUAGACAAAGGGUGAGAGUUGAAGGACCCGUUUGUGACUCAUCAGAAGUUAUAGGGUGGCAUUUGAAAAGUUUGAACAAUUCAGCGGAUGAUGCCACCAGAUCACCCUUUCAUAUCUCCACCGUUGGAUUUAACAGCUCGAUCCUGUGGGACCCAGAAAGAUGGGGCCGGCUUACAUCUGCCCAGCACACCUCUCAGAAUUCUAUAAAGUUUGUGAAAGAAGAAGUCCUUGAAGAGGAAACGAAAUUGAAGGGAAUCCCACAAGAUGGUUGCUCGAAGAUUAUGCUUUGGAAUCUUCACAUUCCAAGAGUAAUUAAAGCUUAAUUAGGAAGGAGAAAAACCAAAAUGUAUAAUAAUUCACUGUUCAUUAUGAUAAUAUACAAUUAGGUUUAGUUGAUUCGAUAAUACUUGUUUUUGUUAUUAGCUAAUAACUGUAGAGAUACUUUUGACUAUAAAUUUUGUAUCUCAUUAUCAAGCCAAAUAAUAAGAAAAUUCGACCGCUUAAACAA